UGCGCGGACGGAUUCUUGUAGCUGCGCGUGAAAGUCAUCCGACGUUGCGGUGCUGUGUGCUAUCGGCGUGUUUGGCAGGAAUUUCUCGGUCAGGCUGUUAUGGCGCUUAGAAGAUGCUGGAGGUUGGCAAGAUUUCUCCCGAGACUCCCCGUCCCGCUAGUGUCAUCAUCCUAUAUCGGUGGGGUACCUGUGUCCAGCUUUGCUAACACUUACAGCGGCUACAAAAAAAGUGAGUUUCAGCGCACGAGGUUCAGCUCUGAAGUCCGAAACACAGACGUAGAUUACGAGCAGCUGAAGCGGCUCCUGGCUGAGGGGAAAACAGCGGUGGUAGAUGUCCGAGAGCCCUGGGAGCUCAGGGAGUAUGGAUUCAUCCCUGGGUCAGUAAACGUCCCAUUGGGACAGGUGAGCUCUGCCCUCCAGCUUGCUCCUGAGGAGUUCAGAGAAAAAUAUGACGGGGAAAUGCCGAGACAAACGGAUAAUGUUGUCUUCGUGUGUCUGGCUGGGGUCAGAAGCAAGACUGCACUCAACACAGCCGCCUCGCUAGGAUAUAGAGAUGUUCAGCAUUAUCCUGGCGGAUUGCAAGACUGGGUGGAACGUGAACGACACAAGUAAUCCACAGCUGUCAGGAAUGAAAAGUUGUAUCCAGACAUGAGUCCAAGGAAACGCUAAACAAAUCGGUUGUCUAGUUCUGCCACAAUCCUCUCAGAAACCUUGGUUUUGUUUCUGGAAAGCCACUCCUUACGAAACCUCAGUCUGAUGUCUUCCACAUUAGAUCUGGUUGGUAAAGUUCUCCUCGCUGUUUUUCAGGAACUUCCAAAAGUGCUCUAUUCACAAUUUAGGUGACUUAUGGAGGCAGCUGGGAUCUCUGGAUUAAAUAUUUGAAGUUAUCAGUGGAAGUGAGGCUUUAUAGAAAUGCACUGCUGCUUUUUUAUUCAUAUAAAAGUUUUGCAAACUACAAAAUAUUUUACUCCUUUUGUUAUGCUAGUUUGUUUCUUGUUCAGUCUAAUAUAAUCCUAAUAAAAUGCAGAUCCUAUAGUAAAAUACACCUUUGCAAAUGAA